AUGUCAUUACAAUCAAAUGCUUCGAAUAAAAUCAAUCAACAUAUUCAUCAUUCAUCUGAUGAACAAUUGAUUUGUGAUAGUGAACAGUGUCGAGAAAAAGUUCUUAAUAAAAUCAAACAAAUUAAUAAUGAAAUAAAAAAUGAUUUUCAUAUUAUUGUUCAAAAUAAUUCAAAUGAUAAUAAAAUAAAUCUUAAUCAAGCUUGGAAUAUAAUGCAUUUAAUUAGUAAAAAACUUUCGAUUGAAUUAAUCAGUCUUUUUCAUAAAGAAGAAAUUUCUCAAAUAAUUGAAACAUAUAUUGAACAAAAUGAUACAAAACAAACAUUUGAAAAAGUAUUUAACUAUGAAAAAAAACAAAAUUUUGAAGAAUUUUUAACAAAAGAACAAUUAUGGAAUAUUUAUUUGAAUAUGUGUGAAGAUGCUAUUAAAAUACUUUCGAAAACUAACAAAAAAAAUACAAUAAAUUAUACUGUUGUUGAUAAGAACUUCUAA